UGCUCAAAUUUAUUUUGAAUGGAUAAUUAUUGAUUGCGAUACUUUUGCAAUUUAUUUAAGGCAAGGAAAAACGACCGCAAAAAAACGUCGAAGUCCAUAGCAACGGCAUCCCUUGGCUGUACGAUCAAGAGGAGAAAAUGUAGUGCGAAAGAAGAAGAGCGUGGCGAGAAAGAAAAAAGGACCUAUCGAUUUGAUAACAUCAGAAGACGAGGAACCAACAGAAGCAGCAGUAGAAGGAGAUACAAAGGAGAUUGGUGAUGAUCCGAAAGAUAUGAGUUUGCAAGGCAAUGCAGAUGCAGCAGUAGAUGAUGAUCCUCCACUCAAUAUUCAAGCUAUGCAUGUGCCUAUUCCACUUCCUGCUACUGUAACUGUAAACAGAACUAUUUCAUCUCUCUAUGAUCACGAUGCAGAUGCAGAAGAAGAAGAAAAUAAUGGUAUAUGGCGCCAUGUUGCUAUCUGUCAGAAAAUACCCGAAUUUCGAUCCAAGAAACAAAUGACAAAAUCUGCAUCUACAAAGAAAAGUUCGAUGUCAGCAGAUGAAAUUAAAGAACUUCACAAAGAGGGUAUUCGUGCUAUAAUUAAGGAUUCUCGUGGAUUCGGUGAUUUAACCAAGGAUGGAAUGAAACAUUAUAUUCAAAAGCUUCGUCCUGGUUAUUCUCCGCCGUCUCGACAAUAUGUUGCCCGUCAUCUCAAGAAAAUGGUCAUGCAAUAUUCUCGUAGUCAACGUGAAGAACUCACCCAUGUCGAUCACAUAAACGUUACCACUGAAUUGAACGCUACAAUUGAACAAAUAUCGAAAUAUCCGAAAAACUUUGAAAAAUUAAAUUUUUUCCGAGGAUACUUUUGA